UUUUAUACUCUACUACGAGUACGGAGUACUUAUAUUCUAAUAACACAUUCUAUUUUGGGGCGUGAGGGGGUACUUGGGGUUCACUCCAAGAAAUCAAAACAAAAAAUAGUACAGUAACAAACCGAUUACUUGACGCUCAAAAUGUUCAAUCACUUUCAAAACACUGAUAUUAUCACUGUCACUCAUCAAAAUUCAACAAGGAAGAGAGCGAAAGACAAGAUGUCGAGGUCAAUAUUGCAGCCGGUGGGUCAGAAAAGACUCACAAAUGUCGCUGUUAUUCGUCUCAAAAAGCACGGCAUUCGCUUCGAAAUCGCUUGCUUCAAGAACAAAGUCCUCUCAUGGCGCUCUGGAAUAGAGAAAGAUAUUGACGAAGUGUUACAGUCGCAUACGGUGUUUUCGAAUGUUUCAAAAGGACUUCUAGCCAAGUCUAAGGAUUUGAAGGCUGCAUUUCUGACAGAUGAUACAACAACAAUUUGUUUAGAGAUUCUGGAGAAAGGAGAUCUUCAAGUUGCAGAGAAAGAAAGGGAGGCUCAAUUGUCACUUCAGUUUCGUGAUAUUGCCACCAUUGUCAUGAAAAACACCAUUAAUCCUGACACGAAACGCCCUUACUCGAUAACUAUGAUCGAACGUUUGAUGCAUGAUAUCCAUUUUGCUGUUGAUCCUCAUAACAGUUCCAAAAAGCAGGCACUAGAUGUUAUUCACCAGCUUGUAAAGAAAUUUCCCAUCAAAAGAUCUCCAAUGAGACUUAGACUUACUGUUGGUGAGCAGAAUUUUUCCACUGUAUUGGAGAAGCUAGGCACUUGGAAUGGUGAGAUUGUGACUAUGGAUGAAUCUGGAACACAAUUUUCAGUUGUUUGUGAAGUUGAUCCAGGUUUAUAUCGACAAUGUGAUUGCUUGGUGAGAGACUUACAGGGGACGCUGGAACUGGUAGCACCUUUUGUUCAUGCAGGGGAAGCUGCCUGUAUAUGAACCAUCCAUUCUUGUGAAUAGCACUUUUCAGCAGGUUUGUGAAGCGGAUUCGGGUUUGUUUUGACAAUGUGAUUGCUUGGUUAGAGACUAACAGGGGAGGCUAGAACUUUUAGCAACUUUUUGUUCAUGCACAGGAGACUUCUUGUAUAUAAAUCACCCUUUUUUGUGGGAUCAUUACAAUCUUUAGGUAUUGAGUUGUGUAAGCCUUUUUAGGGUCAAAAUUGAUGGUUCAGUAUUCAGUAUACUCUGCUCGGUUCCAAGGAGUACAAACAAAUUGCUAAUUCGUACAUCAUACUUAUGAACUUGAAAAUUUUGUC